AUGAGUGGGAGAAAUUCAACACCAGCUGCAGGCAGUGAACCUAAGGAGAAGACAGGCAGGGAAGAUGGAAGCCCCCCAGGAAAAACCACCCUUGACAUUGCCAUCACAGGAGUGUCAGGAGCUGGUAAAUCAUCCCUUGUCAAUGCCCUGCGGGGCCUGUCAGAUUUCGAUGAAGAGGCAGCGGAAACUGAUGUGAUAGAGCCAAUGGGUUAUCCACACCCUGCUUUUCCAGACGUAACAAUAUGGGACCUCCCAGGGAUUGGGACACCUGAUUUUAAAGCUGAGGAAUACCUAGAAAGGGUCAAUUACAGCCAAUAUGAUUUCUUCAUAAUCGUAGCUGCUCAUCGCUUCCUUGUCUGUGACAUCCAGUUGUCCCAGGAAGUUCAAAAAAUGAAGAAGCGGUUCUACUACGUCCGUUCCAAGAUGGAUGUCAGUAUUAAGAAUGAAAAACUGAACCCAGACUUCAGUGAGGAAGCAACCAUUCAAAAAGUCCGGAAAGACUGCCUUAGUAAUUUGGUGCAGGCUGGUAUUUCUUCUCCAGAGAUUUUCCUCAUCGCCAGUUGGUACCCGGAUAAGUACGAUUUCCCCCUCCUGGACAGGACCUUGAGGAAUGAAAUUGAGACUCUGAGGAGAUAUGUUUUAAGACCAGCUGCGCUUCCAGACUCAGAAAAGAAGAGCGAUGACAAGGGAAUAUCCGCCGUCCGCCUUCAAAAACUGUUAAAAAUUGACCUUACAAAGUUGAAGGAUGCUCUGAUGCAAAGAAAUCUCGAAGAAGUGACAGAGGAAAUACGUCAAGAAUUGGAUGCGUUACAAAAUGUCAAGCUUGACAUCGCCAUCACAGGAGUGUCUGGGGCUGGCAAAUCAUCCCUUGUCAACGCACUGCGAGGCAUGACUGAUUAUGAAGAUGGGGCCGCAAAGGUUGGGAUAACACAAACAACGAUGGAGUGUCAAGCCUAUCCACAUCCUUUAUUUCCAAAUGUAAACAUAUGGGAUCUGCCAGGGAUUGGCACACCUGAAUUUAGAGCAAAGGACUACCUAGAGAAGGUCAAUUUUAGCCAGUAUGAUUUCUUCAUGAUUGUUGCUUUCGAGCGCUUUACUGAGAAUGACGUCCUCCUGGCCCAUGAAAUUAAGAAAAUGAAGAAGAAAUUUUACUUUGUGCGUUCCCAAAUGGACACCAGUAUGAUUGCUGAAGUUAGGAACCCAAAGUUCAGUAUGGAAAGAUCCCUUCAGAAGAUACGAAAAAAUUGCUGUGAUAACUUGACAGAGGUAGGAGAAUCUAACCCCAGGGUUUUCCUCAUCUCUAGACGAGAUCUGGAUAUGUAUGAUUUCCCCAGCCUGCAAGAGGCCUUGGAAAAUGACCUGGAUGACCUCAAGAGACACGCUUUAAUCCAGGCUAUGCCUGUUUUCUCAAGAGAAAUUCUAAAAAAGAAAAAAGCUGCCAUGGAGAAACUCAUCAUGAAAUUUGCCAUUGUAUCCUGUGCUGUUGGGGCAAUUCCUGUCCCAGGACUCUCUUUGGUCUGUGAUGUUGGCAUCUUGGUAGGAGCACUGGUUCUUUUCUACAAAGUCUUUGUUUUCAUGAAGAGUCCCUCCCACUGAAGGCUAGGUAAAGUGAUGGGCAAAGAUUUCCAAGUGCUGAAAUCCGCUAUCAAAAAGUCCCCAAUGGCCAAUGAGAUUACUCCCAAACUUGUAGUUGGUCUCUUGUCCCGGUCUUUGCUUGUUGCAAGUCUGACCAUAAUUGAGUUAGUCUUGGAUUUCGUACCCCUUCUGGGCUCUCUGUUCGGGGGCAUUGGUUCCUUCAUCACCACAUACUACGUACUUUCUGGCUUCCUGAAGGAUAUUGUGGAAGAUGCGGAGAACAUCCGUGCAAAAGCUGCUGAGCCUUGACUAUUACGAUAUCCUCACAUCAAGAUCCAAGAUACUGAUUUGGAAAAAGAAUCCCAGGUGAAGAAGGCGUGAAUUGUGCACAGGGCCAGAACUCAUACAAGAUAGAAAAAGGAGCCGGGAUUUGCCUUUUAGAGCAAAAGCUGAUUUUUCUUUGAACUGAGACCAAUGAUAAUUGAACUUUCCAGUAAUGCAGAAAUGUAUUGUGGAAAGCUUUCACAGCUGGAAUAAACUGGCUGCUGUGGGAUUUCAGGGCUGUUUGGCACUGGUCUAAUACUUUUAGCCCCUAAUAUUUUGCUCACAUCUAUAGGCAUGUCACAAUAAGAAGUGUUUCUCUUUGCGGCACAGUGGCAAAAACAACCAGACCACAGCCACACAACCUGCAAACCCUGCAACAGCCCCUCCUCAGUCCAGUUUACAGGUUUCCAGAAUUAAAGCAUCAUUUUCCCAUUGCAGAGAGAUCAGUUCCCUUGGAGGAAAUGGCUGCUUUGGAAUGUAGACUCUAAGGCAUUAUUGCCCUCUGAGCAGUGGCGAAGCUACAAGGUGACCGGGGGG